AUGAGGAAUGAAUUCUAAAAAGAUACUACUUAUGUGUAUGAGGUGUGUGCAGAUAAAUCCAAAUUUAGGGAUGAUGCAUUACUUAAAAAUCCAUUUUUUCAAGAGAAUUUAUUGACGGAGAACUCGUAUCUACAAAUAAUCAAAAAGGGAGAAGUAGACACUCAAAUAGCCACAAUGGGAACUCCUUACGCAUUGACUUUAAAUGAAGAGAAUUUUAAAACCCAGGACGACCUUUAUAAAUUUAUAGUAAGAAAUAUAGAUAGCACCUUCACUCUCUAGGAGAUCAGACACAAUUCUUAUACAAUUAGUGUCAGUUUUUGUGAACUUUUGAAAUCAUUUAUAAUUUCAUCAAGCGGAUAAACAAUAGUUUGUUAAGAUAGGAAUGAUAUCCAAAAAUAUCUAAAACCACAUGCAUGUGAGAGGGUUUGCAAAGUUAGUUAGCAAUUCUUUGAUGCUUAUUAGAAUAUGAAUUAUAAUCUCUAAAUGAGUUUAUAAAAGGAUCUUAUACAUAGAAGUUUAGUUGGAUGCAGAAAUUCAUCCAAUUAUAUUGAGUGGUAUUCAAUAAUGGAACAUUAUCAAUCAUAAAGAAUACUACCACCUGAAAUUGUGAAAAGAUUUCUUAAUCACUACAAUUUAGAACCUGCUAAAUCUAUUUAAUAAUAAACAAAUCUGUCAAAGUUUCCGUCACUCUGCGAUUCAAUUUAUAAUUAAUUGAUAGAUCAAUAUCACGAUUACUUUAAAGGUAAAACUCUUUAUUUUUGGAAAAAUGAUAAAUAUUUAGGGAAUUGUUAUAUUCCUUCGAAACAUUUUGAAAUAUUAAGAGAAAUAAAAACUUUAGUAUUUGGUCCCCAAAAUGCUUCUCCUUAAAGAAGACCUGGAAAGUUAUUUUCUUAAUUUACUUUAAAUCAAUUGGAAUAUGAGUUUUAUGAGAAGUGCUUAAACUUUAUGCUAGGCAUACCAUAUAAUAAAAGAUCAAAUUUUAGUUUUAUGCAAUUAUCAAAUAUUACUUUUAAUUGUGUGCAUAAGAAUUUGGACUACAUCCCUUAAAGAUGUGAUUAAUAAAUCACUCUAGCUCAGUGUUUGUCAGUUAAACCAAUUAUAGUAGUCUUGAUUCCAGUUGGUAUCAAUGGAAUGGGCUAUGAGGAUAUCUGUUAAAUCAUAUAUCAAAUUUGUGAAGGAGUUAAAAUAGUAAGUAAGACUUAUUAGGUCAAUGAUAAUAGUAUGCUGUAUUUAUUCGAUUAAAUUUGUUCGCUUAAAAGGUUGCAAUCAAUAAAUGACGAAUUAAAAUAGCUACCCUAUGAUGUUAGAACUGUUGCACUCUAUCCAGAAUGCUCACAUUAUUAUUUAUCUAAAAAGAUAGCGAGAUUUCCAUUCUCGUUCAAAUUCAUUAUGUUCUGUUUACUAUAGGUGUUGGAUCACAGAGAGUAAGUUAAUCAGAUAAUUAACUAAUUGAAAGAAUUUGAAAAUCAGAAUUUGAAUCAUCUUCCAUGCGAUUAUCAGAUAAGUUGUCACUAUAUGCCUCAGAUCAAAGAGACUGAUGAUCUUUACAGUGAAAUAGUGGAGUCUGAUUUCAAAGCAGCCUUUUCCCAUACAAAUGAUUAUUUAAUUGAGAGUUUAUCCUAAUAUAGGGAUACAAUGGGAUAGAUUCCUGAAAAUCAUUUGUGGGAUUAAGCGAGGAGGAUAAUUAAUGAGAUAGAGGAGAAAGUGAAAGUAAACAUAGCAAAAAAGAAAUAGAAAUAUAUUCGAAACUAAACUAAUAAGAUGCAAUAUGGUUUAUACAUAAAUAAUCCGAAUUGGGAGGAGAUAGACAAUUUCAUUUUUGAUUGUCUUGAGAUUAUUUUGCAGAAUUAUCCAAGAGAUGUCAAAAUCAAUAUCAUGUAUCAAUAGUUGUAAUAACAAUUAUUCUAAGGAAGAAACUCGCAAUUUUAUUAAAAGUAAAAGCAACCAUACAUGUUAUCCAAAAAGUAAGAUAAAAAGUAAUGGUCCAUUUAGGUUUAGGUGGUUGUGAUUGCAGUUGAUGGGAUCAUUAUAUUGCAACCCUAGGAUUUAGGGUUGAAUCUUUUAUAAGAUAUUCCAAUUUACUCUAAUAACAUCGAAGUGAUAAAAUCGGAAAAGAUUGCAAAGUUGGUGAGAAGAGAUGUGGAGAAACUAUAAGAUAAGAAUACAAAGGAAGGGACCUUGGUUAAGUAGGAAUUAGAAUUGAAACAUCAAUCUUGGAGUGUAUUUAUAGUGAAAUGGAAACCAAUAAAUAUUGAAUUAGUUGAGAAUUUAGUGGUUUGA